UUUUUAAACGAUGGCUGUGGUACCGCUUAUCUGAUACUCAGAACUGAGACAUCCAUGGUCAUAGAUUACGGGCCCCGAGUGGCCGGCAGCAUUUGCUUGACUGAAAUCCUAGCCACCGACUGAGUGACAUGGGUGCAGUUUGUUGCAAGGAUGGCGCCAAGGAGGACAACCAGGGAGGAGCCGGGCGCCAGGCCCCUGCGCCUUUCCCGGGGCCAACACCGUCUGGGAAAGCCCUAGCUAAUAAUUCAGCAGAAGAACCCACACUUGUUACGCAAAUUGCGCAGCAACCAAAGGACGCUGGGCUCGCUGCUCCCGACCAAGCGAAUCCGCAGGCCGCAACGUCACCUGCUGCCACACCGGCUGCCGCAGAAGAGGUUGCUGAUCCCGCUCAGGUUCAGCUAAACGAAUUUUCAGGCAACGAACGAACAGGAAUUCCUGCAAAGAAUGUGCCAACUGAGGCAGAACCCCAAGGACAAGAAGCCGCCAUUGUAUCCCCACGGGUCGCGGUUCCAACGUUGACGGCUGAAGCGGAGGCAGCUUUUCAGCCGGUGGUCGCGCCGGCUGAAGCUCAGCCCACUGACAGUGCUCCUCCUCCAGUCCUGGUGGAGCAACAAGCCCCCGCUCUGGCAGCAGAACAGCCCGUCCAGGCUGCCGCGGCACCGGCAGCGCCUGCGGCUGGCAGCACAGAGCAGUUUAACGAGGGCGCCCCAACUCCAGACGUACCGUCUCGGCCUACUGCUACGGGCAACGAGAAACUCCUGCAGUACGUUUCCCCAUCCCUGGCCGGAAGUCACGGGGAUGGCGAGAAGGACCAACGGGUCAGGGUGGAGACAACCCGACGACCCGGGCAGGGCUCAACUGCACCCGCUGAGGGAUCGUCUACCGCGUCGUACAGCCAGAGCGCGGCCUCCUCACAGCAUCCCGGCUCAUCUCAGCAGCACGGCUUGGGCGGCUCGACGGUUGGGGCAGGGAGUGCGAUGUCGCCCAUGGGGUCAUCUGCCGCCCAGCAAGGAAACUUUACGGCAGGUGAGGCACCGAUGCCAACGGCGCCUUCCGCCGCAGGAACCACAACGGGCGGCGUCGAGUCCAUUGCAGGCUCCGCACAGGACAGCACACAGUCAUCUGCGACGCCCGCAUCCAAGAACUCUAGCGCGGGCUUCAUGUUUGGCGCUCCCCGCAUGAAGGAGCAUCGCAAGGAUCGUCGCAAAGGUCCCAAGCGAGGAGCCAAAUCGCAUUCCUCCAAUUCCGACGUCUCUGGUGGUGCGGGGCAGCAGCCGGGCAGCGACGUCACUGGCAGCAAGGCCAGCAGCGCAGGCCCGCCGGGCGCCGGCAGCAGCGCCGCCGUGCCUGCCACGGGCAGCAGCAAUCGCGAUGCUAGCCUUGCCAGCAGCGACAACCCGACCGCCUCCACCAACGUGCGCUUCGGUGGGGCACCGGGCAGCAGCUUCGCCCCCUCGACCGGUGGGCCCAAUGUCGACGCCAGCAUCGGCAGUACCGGGGGCGCCGACGGCUUCCGAUCCGUGGGUCGGCGCAUCAAAGCUAGCCUGAAGGGCGGCCCCAGCGGCGGCUCCUCCUCCGAGAGCAAUCCCGCGCGGUCUGCAAGCACCGCCGGCAGGGCCACAUCGCAGACCAUUGGCGGCGGGUCUGGGCUGCUGGAGGAGGCGGUUCCGGAGGAGGAAGAAGAGGAGGAGGACGAGGGCGAGGCCACCGACCGCAGUGGCUCUCCGCGCAGCAGCAGCGAGCAUCUGAGCAUCAUGUCACCGCCGGAGGGCAGCGAUGUAGAAAAUGUGUUGCAGCUGAUCUGCAACAUCUUCCAGCUGCCGGUGGCGCUUGUGGCGGCGUACCGCUCCUCCAACAUCUUCAUUCGCAGCACCGCCAUGAAGCUGACCGAUGACGACCAGUGGCGCUACAGUCUGGCGCAGUGGUCCAUGCUAAACGCAAGCGACCUGCGGGAUGUGCUGCUGGUGCCGGAUGCCACCAAGGACGAACGUUUCUGCAAGUACUACUGCGUGACUAAGGAGCCUCGGGUGCGCUUCUUCAUGGCCUCACCGCUGCGCAGCUCCACCGGAGAGCUGCUGGGAACCCUCUGCAUGGCGGACUUCAACGUGCGGCUGCUGGAGCCCGCCAACCUGCUGGUGGUCAACAACCUGCAGACGCUGGUGAUCCGGCAGCUGGAGCGCGACAUGUCGCUGGCGGCGGAGCGGCUGGAGAACGAGGCGGCCACGGAGAAGCUGCAGCAGGAGAUGAUGCGCGCGCUGGACCACUUUGACAAGUGCAUCAUGUUUGUGGAUACCAGCAAGCCCGGCUGGGAGGUGCUGUACACCAACAUGGCAUGGGAGCACGUGACAGGCAUUCCCAGGGAGCACGUGAUGGGCCGGGUGGCGGCCGCCGAUCCCAGUGUCCCACGGGUCCAUGUUAUGGGUCGCCCGCUGCAAGACUUCUUCAUGUCACUAGGCGGUGCAGCGCUGGACUGGUCCUCCACGGCCGCCGACGUGGCCUCGCGAGCGGAGUUCACCGUGCACCGGGUGGCGGUGCGGCAGAAGCCCGACAAGCUGGUGUCGCUGCAUCUCAGGCUGGCCACGGACGAGUCGACGGGCGAUCUGGAGGGUCUUCUGCCCAAGGGGCUGCCCGCGUGGGUCAAGUCGCGCGGCAAUGAGGCACACAACUACUUUGUGUUUGUGGAGGAAGCCACACAGACCACUGGCGGCUCCACCGUGUACGAGGCGCUGGCCAAGCACGUGGAGAAGGUGCCGGGUCUGGAGCUGAGCCACCUGCUGGGCAAGGGCGGCUUCGGAUCCGUGUACUAUGGAACCUGGAACGGCAUGCCGGUGGCGGUCAAGAUGAUUGACAACAAGCUGACCAAGACCAACACCGAGGGCAUCUCCCUGGAGGCGCUGAUGGGCCAGGAGCUCUCACAUCCCAACAUCGUCAAGACCAUCAAGUACGUCAUGCGCAGCGCGCUCAACGCCUCGUCCAUGUCGGGAUCCAACUCCCGCACCGGCAUUGGCUCCAACACGCGUGCUGGCAUGAGCGGCGGGCACCUCAUGAUGUCAACCAUCGUCAGCAGCCGGAAUGGCAGCCGGAACAUCGCCGUCCUGCCAACCAGUCACGAGGCGGGCGCCGGUGCGGCGAACAACGCCGGCCACGGAUCUGCCGGCAACGUCGGCAUCGCCGGCGGGCACGUCCCCGGCGGCCGCGUGUCAGCAUCGGGUGCGCAGGGCGCGGCAUCGCCGUACUACAUGACGUCCGCGCAGCCGGGGCUCUCCGCCAUGACGAGUGCGCAGAUGGCGGCAGCGGCGGACCUGACAUCCGCAUCCGCCAUGCAGCACCACUACCAUCCAACCAUCGUCACCACCAUGAACAGCGACGCCACGACGGCGGCCGGCGGAGGCAGUCAGUCAUCCUUGCCCCACGCGUACGGCAACAUGGCAGAUCAGUACGGCAGCGGCGGCAUGCCGCCCCGCGUCGGUAACCUCAUUGGCUCCACGCCUCCCACGCCCGGGCAUGGCGGCGGUGAAGACGGCGGCGGCACGAGCGCUGCCACCAGCGGCCUCACCGCCGUGGGCCCGGCCUCCAUCCAGGCCUCCUCGGUCUCCACCGCGGCGGGGCCGCCGUCCAUCGCCAGCGGCAGUCACACGCCAGCCAACGCGAACGCUAUGCUGUCCAGGGAGUCCUCUGGUGCAAAGCUGCAGAACCCGCUUCGCGUGAAGUCUUCCGAACGGCCGCGCUCCUCCGGCAUCCUGCCAGCUCCCUCACCUGCAGGAGCGGGUGCAGCCGUGCCCGCCUCGCAGCCUUAUGGCGUUCGCUUCCCGGCAAGCGGCAUGGGGCCGGCGUCGCCCAGUGCUCGUGCACCCGCCGCCGCUCCUGCUGGCGCAGCUGGGUACCCGCCGAGUACGGCAGUUGUGCCGUACCCGCCGCCAGGCACCGCCGCCGCGGCUGGCGUGGCGGGACUGACCCCCGAGCAGCAGACCGCGGCCAUGACGUCGCGCUACUCCCUGGCGUUCUCCACCAUUACCUCCAAUGGCCAGAUGCUGGCGCCUGGCAAGGGGUCUCCUUCCAGCAGCAGCGGCCCCACCACCCACAUGCCCCAGGCCAGCGUGACCAGCGGCGAGGACAUGGGCGAGGUGUGGAUCAUCAUGGAGUUCUGCGACCGGGGCAGUCUGCAGGAUGCGCUGGACCGCGGUGCGCUGAAGCUGAGGAAGCCCUCGGGCGAGCCCGGCGAGACGCACCUGCCCAUGAUGGUAGCUACGGCGUGUGAGGUGGCGUCGGCGCUGCAUUACCUGCAUGACAAGGGCAUUGUGCAUGGCGACUUGACGGCCUGGAACGUCAUGCUCUGCACCGCGUCUAACCCGCAGAAUGACCGCAGCGGUCGCAACUUCACGGCAAAGGUGGCGGAUUUCGGUCUCAGCCGAACCCUGGAUUUGAGGUCCAAGAUUAAGACCAGGACGUACGGCACGAUCAGCCACAUGCCGCCCGAGUGCCUCAUCUCGGGAAUCAUCAGCAAGGCCACGGACGUGUUUGCGUUCGGCGUGCUGCUGUGGCAGAUGUACACGGGGCUGCGGCCGUGGGCGGGCAUGAACCACGGGCAGAUCAUUUACAACGUGGGCAUGAAGAAUGUGCAGCUGAUCUUCCCGCCCGGCACCCCGCCGGCCAUUGCGGACCUGUCUAGCAGCUGCACUCGCACGGAGCCCACUAAGCGCCCCUCUUUUUCGGAGAUCCUGAGCAAGCUAGACGGCAUCCGAGCCAGCCUGGGGUUGUAGCCGCAUGCGGAUGUGGCCGCCUGGCACCGCAACAACACACGGUUACAACCACCUGGGGUCUUUAACCGCCGCCUUGGCUUUCCUUUGGCAUGUAGGCGCCGACGCGGUUUGCAUGCGGCCUCAUUUCGACUGUUGGGCAGUACUAAAACUGGCGUGCGCUGCUUGCCGCCGGACCCCAUUAGGCAGCACGGGGGACAUCGGAUAGGUUCCGGUCUGAGAAAUGGGAAAAGUUGACGUCAGCGGUAAAUGUUGCUAAGCAUGUUGAGGGCGUUGCUGGGGGGACGCGCUUUUGAGUAGCGACAUUCAGGGCGGCGGUGGUGACAUUGUUAAGGAUUGUUUGGAUUGAUUCCCUUUUUCCGCUCACCUGGCGAGCCACGCCGGUGUGUGUCCAAGACAUGGCAAAGAAUUCGAUAUGUGAGAGAGCGCAGCAGUGCAUGGCGGAAAGAGGAGUUGUGGGCAGCAGGGUAGACACUGGCGGGGCUACCACCCCAGGUUUGAGUCGCCUCGUGGGUAUCGGGCAGUUGUUGCAGCUGAUUCCUGGCUACGGAGGAAUGCAGCAAUGAAUGAGGGUGCUUAAGGCGGUUGAAGGUGGGAAGAUGCGUCGGACUGGGUACCACUCGGAGAGGGACAGAUUAGGCAGGGAUUAGGGUAAUGCCAGGAGAGGGGAAGUAUGUGGAUGGAGGAGGGCGGGGUUUCAGAGAGGAUGCUCCCCUACGGUUGGGUUUUUGCUGGUCUACUGGGCGGUGUGUUGGGGGCAGCGUUUCGCCGGAAGGCCGUCACGGCUGGGUUGAAGGAGGUUGUACGCCUAAAACUUGACCACGUGCUUUACGCGGCCGGGGCGGAUUGUGGGUUGGCUUGCUGUUCGGAACUAGUUACUGAAGCCGCAGCAUGCUUCGUUGCGGUGCGCCGACUGAACUGUUUUGUUUGCUGGUUCUGAGACUAUUCAGGAGUUCCAAUGCAGUGUUGCUUCUGCUUUGGUUUUAGUAGGCAAUGCGGAAUGGGGCGAAAGACGCGGGCUGGGAGUUAUGAUGUUGCAAUCAGUCGUUUUUAUGCGGUUGGGGCCGCGGUUGGGCCCUCUACUAGACACCAAUAAGUUGGCGGAUGAUGCGCGUGUGAAGGUCUAUUGGAUUUGAACUCGGAUGGAUGUACGUUUCGAUUGGCGCUACCUUCAUCAAGAGGUAGACAUCGGUAGUGUGGAUGAAAGUAGUGCAGUCGUGCGUGCAAGGUAUCAAGGACCGGAUACCGUGCAGGCGAAACGCCCCGUGCGUUCAUGGUUUGUCAGGAAGCGCCACUCUCGCCGCCCAGUGCUGAUCGUACAUGGCAUUUUGCUCGCACUGAAGGCAUGGUUACCUGCCGCUUUGCUUUCCACUGGCUGCUUUGCUUACUAGGCUUCUAUCGUUAACGCCUAAGGCUUACCGGGCGUAGUGCAUCAGACCUUUCUAUGCCACCCGGCCUGGGCUUCAUAUGGGCAACGUUCAUUGUUCAAGCCCCUUUGCUUUGCUGAAUGCAGGAAAAGGAAACUGGCGAUGGACGGAUGGUGUUGCUGUUGUGUGUGCGAGGGAAGGGAGGUUGUGUCGGUGCCGUUGGGAUUGCUUACCUACGUAACCUGCGUUAGGGCCCGCUAUGGAGCAUCUGUGUGGUGGAGGAGAGGUUUAUCUCUUUACGCUGCCGAAGCUAAUUGCUCAUUAGUUUGCAUACGGGGUCUUACGUGCCAAUCGGAACUGGGGAUGUGCGCAAUCGUGGACACUGCAGCUCAGAAUACGACGUUCGUUGGGCUGGGUCUUUCGCGGGAAAGUGGAUUGGUUGUGACACAUGGGUUGUGCGUGUUUGGAUGCGACACUUUGCGGCUGUGGUACAUUGGUAGUGUAUAUACUUUGGCCUUCACAAGGAAGCAGCGGAAAACUGUUUUUUGUUGGAUUGCUUCAGGGAGAUGAGCAUUACGGGUUCAGGUGGCGUAUUCAAGGUUCUUUUGGACCUCAGGGGCCAAUAAGAGGAGGUCGAAGCUUGGGUAUCUCUCACCCACGACAUGUUCCAGAUCACGCCACGUUGUUGCCAGGUUGCACGGCUGAACAUACGGUUGCUGCUAUAGCUGUAAUAACAGAAGCAUCUUGGA